AUGACGGCCACAUCGCAAAAUCAAUUACAACAGGGUAAAACUCAACAGCCUUCACCUCCACAAUUGCAACAGCCCACCCAACAGCAACAACAACAAGCUCAAGUGCAAGCACAAGGGCAAGCUCAAGCUAUCAUCCAACAACAACAACAACAACCGUUAGAUCCAGUAGCUCAAGCCACUGCAGAAACAUGGUUAUCAAUCGCAUCUUUAGCAGAAACUGUAGGUGACGCAGAUCGUGCAGCAAUGGCCUAUGACGCAACAUUACAAUAUAAUCCACAAUCUACAAAGGCUUUAACCUCCUUAGCUCAUCUUUAUAGAUCAAGAGACAUGUUCCAAAGAGCUGCAGAAUUAUACGAAAGAGCAUUACAAUAUAAUCCAGAUUUAAGUGACGUUUGGGCUACAUUGGGUCAUUGUUACUUAAUGUUAGAUGAUUUAACUAGAGCUUAUAACUCUUAUCAACAAGCUUUAUAUCAUUUGACUAAUCCAAACGUUCCUAAAUUAUGGCAUGGGAUUGGGAUCCUUUAUGAUAGAUAUGGUUCAUUAGAUUAUGCAGAGGAGGCAUUCGCUAAAGUCUUAGAAUUGGAUCCUCAUUUCGAAAAAGCUAAUGAAAUUUAUUUCAGAUUGGGGAUCAUUUAUAAACAUCAAGGAAAAUGGAAUCAAGCUUUAGAAUGUUUUAGAUAUAUCUUGAAUCAACCUCCUGCUCCAUUACAAGAAUGGGAUAUUUGGUUCCAAUUAGGUUCUGUAUUGGAAAGUAUGGGUGAAUGGACAGGAGCAAAGGAAGCUUAUGAACAUGUCCUAUUACAAAAUGAACAUCAUGCAAAAGUUUUACAACAAUUGGGUUGCUUAUAUGGUAUGAAUAAUGUUUCAUUUUAUGAUCCACAAAAGGCCCUGGGAUAUCUUUUAAAAUCUUUAGAAGUAGAUUCUCAAGAUGCUACUACUUGGUAUCAUUUGGGUAGAGUUCAUAUGAUUAGAAAUGAUUACACAGCGGCAUAUGAUGCAUUUCAACAAGCUGUUAAUAGAGAUUCAAGAAACCCAAUCUUUUGGUGUUCUAUUGGUGUCUUAUAUUAUCAAAUAUCUCAAUAUAGAGAUGCAUUGGAUGCAUAUACAAGAGCUAUUAGACUAAAUCCUUAUAUUAGUGAAGUUUGGUACGAUUUAGGUACACUUUAUGAAACUUGUAAUAAUCAAUUAAAUGAUGCAUUAGAUGCAUAUAAACAAGCUGCAAGAUUAGAUCCUGAAAAUAUUCAUAUUAGAAAAAGAUUAGAAUCAUUAAAUCAGCAAUUAUCAAAUCCAAAUCAGCAACAACAACAACAACAACAACAGCAGCAGCAACAAAUAACAAACAACAACAAUAAUGGGAUGAUUCAAACUCAAAAUCCACCGGCGGUUGGUAAUAAUCCGAUGAUAACAAAUAACGGUGAAAAUACUACCAUCAAUAAUCCAAAUCCACCUGUGAUGCUACAACCAUCUUUACAACAAAAUGAUCAAAGUAACCCAUUGAAUGUUAGACCUCAAAGUACCGCUAUGUACCCAACUAAUCCACUGGCUGAACAGCAACAACAAGCGUUACAACAGCAACAGCAAGCAUUACAACAACAAGCGCUACAACCAGGAACACAACAAUACUUGAAUCAAUUACAACAAACCCAAUCUUAUUCACCAAACACGGCUAUGUUGGGGCCCCAACAGCUACAAACACAGGUACCUGCGCAACAACAGCAACAGGCACAACAACAGGAACAACCGCAAUUACAAAAUGAAAAUAAACCUGCUGUAACUGGACCUCCAUUACUUUCUCAAUCAGCUAUUUUACAACGUGAACAACAACAACAACAACAACAACAACAACAACAACAACAACAACAACAACAACAACAACAAGAACAAAUUCAGGAAGCUCAACAGCAAGCUCAAGCACAAGCUCAACAGCAAGCUCAAGCACAAGCUCAAGCAGAAGCUCAAGCUCAAGCUCAAGCUCAGGCACAUGCUGAACAGCAGGCACAACAACAAAAACAGAUUCAAGAACAAGUGGAACAACACCAACAAUAUCAACAGCAAUUACAAGAAACACAAGCUACGAAGCCAUUACAACCUCCGUCAACAACAACAACAACAACAACAAAAGAAAAUGUAUUGCCUCAGAAGAGAUCUGCUGAUGGUAAUAUUCAAACAUUAGUUAAUGCUGCAGUGUCGAGUUCAUCAGAACCUGCAUCUUCUAUCCCAAUACCUGCUCAACCACCAGCAAGUGCAAUAGCAACAACAACAAUACCACAAAUAUAUAAUACUCAGCCUACGAUUCCACCAACUGAAGAUAAAACGAUUGUUUCACAAAAACAACCAGUAAUAAUAAGCGAAACACGCGAAGAACCUCAAUCGAAAAAAUCAAAAUUGAAUGAAACUGUUUCUUCUUCUACUACUAACAUGGCUGAGAAAGAAGUAACUCCACCACCAAAUGUUAUUCCACAACCAUCGUUGAAUGAACAACCUACUAUUAGAACAGAAAGCCCUGUUUCGCAUUCAGAAACGAAACCUGUUGCAGAAAUUCAAGAGAAUGGUACUGAUAACAAUAAAGUGAUACCUGAAGUUGAAGAAGCGAAACUAAUUGCCAAUCCUACACAAACCCAACCAAUAGUUACGACAUCCGACCAAAGUGUUGUUAAUGACUCGACAACGGCAACAACAGCACCUUCGGCACCCCCAGCCUCUGUGAUAGAGAACAAUAAAGAAGAAGUGAAGACGCCCGGUGCUACCGAUAACGGAUCAACAACAGUAGAAGACAAUGAAUCUAACAUAGUUAUAAAACCAACAGCUGAAGCAUUAGAAAAAGUUCAAGAAGAAACAAGAAUUCGUGAAGAAGAAGAAAGAGAAAGAUUAGAAGGUGCAAUGAAGACAAAUGAUGAUAAUAAUUCAAGUGCUAUUGGUGCAGGUUUAAAUCAUACAAGCGCAAAUGCUAACAAUGAAGUGAAACAACCAUUACGAGAAACUGUAGUUAGACAAGUUGAAGAGGAUGAGAAUUAUGAUGAAUAA